UAGCCACGUUGUGAUUCACCGGACGAAGAAGCAAAGCGAUUGGCAUUGCAUUCUGUUUACAAAUUGAAGAAAAAGGACAAUUACUGCCGAUUUCAUCAUCUCUCUUAAAUAAAAAUGGUUUUGGAUUUGGAUCUAUUCCGCAGCGACAAGGGUGGUAAUCCCGAUGCCAUUCGCAAAAAUCAAGAAAAACGUUUCAAAGACGUGGCUCUGGUCGAGACCGUCAUCAGCCAAGAUACCGAGUGGCGUCAAAGACGUCAUCGUGCCGAUAAUCUGAACAAAGUAAAGAAUGUCUGCAGCAAGGUAAUUGGUGAGAAAAUGAAAAAGAAGGAACCUCAGGGCGAUGAAGCUGAAGAAGUUCCCGCUGAGGUCCAACAGGAAUUGACCGAAUUGAAUGCUGAGAAAUUGUCACAGCUGACGGUGAAUCAAAUCAAGAAAGUCCGUGUAUUGAUUGAUCAAGCCAUGGCUGAAAACGAAAGGCUAUUGCAGGAAGCCGAACAAAAACGUAACCAAGCUUUGCGUGAGGUGGGCAAUCACUUGCACGAAUCUGUCCCCGUAUCCAAUGAUGAAGAGGAGAACAAAGUCGAGAGGACAUUUGGCGAUUGCACAAAACGUAACAAGUACUCACAUGUGGAUUUGAUUGUCAUGAUUGACGGUAUGAAUGGUGAUAAGGGUGCUGUUGUAUCGGGAGGACGUGGUUAUUUCUUAACUGGUCCAGCUGUGUUUUUGGAACAGGCCUUAAUUCAACAUGCCUUGCAUUUAUUGUACGCCAAGGACUAUGUACCUUUGUAUACCCCAUUCUUUAUGCGCAAAGAGGUUAUGCAAGAGGUGGCCCAGUUAUCCCAAUUCGAUGAGGAACUUUACAAGGUUGUUGGUAAGGGUAGUGAAAAGGCCGAUGAAGCCGGUACCGAUGAAAAAUACUUGAUUGCCACUUCUGAACAACCCAUUGCUGCCUAUCACCGUGAUGAAUGGCUGCCAGAAGCUUCAUUGCCCAUCAAAUAUGCCGGUUUGUCGACAUGUUUCCGCCAAGAAGUCGGUUCUCAUGGACGUGAUACCCGUGGUAUUUUCCGUGUCCAUCAAUUCGAAAAGGUAGAACAAUUUGUGUUGACAUCUCCUCAUGACAACAAAUCCUGGGAAAUGAUGGAUGAAAUGAUUGGCAAUGCUGAAACGUUCUGUCAAUCUUUGGGCAUUCCAUAUCGUAUUGUAAACAUUGUUUCGGGAGCUCUCAAUCAUGCUGCUGCUAAGAAAUUGGAUUUGGAAGCAUGGUUUGCUGGCAGUGGUGCCUUCCGUGAAUUGGUAUCUUGCUCCAAUUGUUUGGACUAUCAAGCCCGGCGUUUGUUGGUCCGUUAUGGUCAAACCAAGAAAAUGAAUGCCGCUGUUGAUUAUGUUCACAUGUUGAAUGCAACUAUGUGUGCGGCAACACGUGUCAUUUGUGCCAUCUUGGAAACACAUCAAACCGAAACCGGUGUUAAGGUACCAGAACCCCUCAAGAAAUAUAUGCCCGAAAAAUACAAGGAUGAAAUUCCAUUUGUUAAGCCUGCUCCUAUCGAUGUUGAAGCUGCUGCUGCCACAAAUAAAAAGGCUGGCAAGGGUAAUAAGAAAGAUGCUGCAGCUGCUUAA